GCUUUGCCCAUUCUUCUAAAACAUGGAAGGCAUUAAAAGAAAGAUGCAGAAGACCGUGCUUGGGGUUGCGGAGUAGAAAGAAGAGAAAGGAGAAGGGGGAAGAGUGAAAUGAAAGAGGCAAGGAUAGGAAGGAGAGAGAGAUUUUGAACCAUACAGAGUUCCUGAGCUUGGAAUUCGGUGGUUUUUAACAGAGAAAAUAAUGAAUAAAGGAGGAGGAAGUGGGCCCACAGCAGCAGCAGCAGCUGCAGGAGCUCAGAAGCAGAAGAGUCUGAUGCAAAGAGUUGAAACUGAUAUUGCUAAUAUUGUUGACAAUUUCAGCCAAUUAGUCAAUGUUGCCAGGGUAAAUGAACUACCUGUUAGGAAUUCGCAGGAAGCAUUCACAAUGGAGAUGCGUGCAUCCAGAAUGGUUCAGGCUGGUGACUCUUUGCUUAAGUUGGUGUCUGAGUUAAAACAGACUGCAAUAUUUGCAGGAUUUGCGUCUCUUACUGACCAUGUCGAACAAAAAACAACUGAUUUUAACAGACAUGCAGAGAAAACUGACCGUGUUUUGGCUAGAAUUGGAGAGGAGGCAGCUGCUAGUCUCAAAGAGCUUGAGGCGCUUUACUAUUCUUCAGAACGAAGAAGCUAAAUUUAGCCUCAUGUUUUAGGGCCUUGGAAAAAACUGGAUGUUGUUGUACUUUAGUUGACACAUGAGUAUAGAAGCAGAAACUCUAGUUCAUAGUUUUUGAAGUAAAUUGUGUUUUAAAAAUUGAGGUAGUAUUGUAUUAACUUAAUUUUAUUUUCAAUAUUAAGAACUAAAUUGCAGUGUAGACUUGGAGCCCAAAUUACUGUUGAUAAUAGUGCC